AUGCACAUUGAUCUCAGUAUUCAACCACCGCACUCGAGCUCACCCUCGCAGUACCACCUUCUGCUCUCCGAAGUCGAAGACGCCGCCUACGGCCAGUACCAGCCUCCGUCGCAGCCCGCGUACAACCGUCAACCCAGCUACAACCAAGCUGGCUACGGCAAGCAGCCUGCGUAUGGCUACGACGGCGACUACGAGCAGCCCGACUCGGAUGACGGCUAUGCCAGUGGCUUCAAGAAGCCCAGUAAAGGCUACGGCAAGCAGCCCAGCACCGGCUACGGCUACGCCGACGACAACGGCGACUACGACCCGACGCCGAUUUCGGACGAAGACCGCUUUCACCGCUUCUACGACAACCUCAAGAUCUGCAAGGCUGAGAACGCGCUCGAGAGCUGUAUCAUCUCGUCUGCGUCGCGCGCCGACUGCAUGAGUGCGACGCGCAUCAAGCAGUGCACGUCGUCAUUCAUCACGGGUCUCUGCUCUGACUUGGAGUCGACGACGACCAAGGAGUACGACAACGGCUACGUCAAGUGUUCGGCCGACACGUGCACGGACGCGGCGCUGGCCGACUCGCUCCUCGUGUACAACAAGCUGCUCCGCGACGUCAACACGGCGCUGGACGUGACACCGCAGUUUGACCAGUGGUCGUUUACGACGAUCAAGCUCGCCCUCGCGAGCACGCGCAACCACGCCGACUGCGUCAUCAAGGGGUUCCUCAACUACCUCGAUGGGUGCGCGACGUCGUCGGAACUGCCGAAGCGCGACCUCUUGUGCCUCGACGAAGCGCUCAACAACGGCAAGUGCGAGUGGGGCCGCGAGACCGCGGACGGCUGGAACUUGGCGCAGUUCCUCAAGACGUACGGUCAGGUGGCGUUCAACAGCGUCGUGUCGUCGAUGCAGCACCGGUUCGGCGUCUCGAACGAGCGUGGCAUCGACAAGGCGAUCACGGAAGUCCUCGUCAGCGUCAUGCAGGAGUCGACGCAGCUCGUCCAGACGGUCAACACCAAGUACGACUUUACAAACAAAGUGACGUCGGUCGACGUGUGCGCGGUGACGCUGCCCGCGUACCAAUUGGACGCGGAAGAAGGCACGGACAUUAGCACGGUGCUCUUCCACUUUGCCAAGACCGAGCAGGACGCGUUCAACUCGCUCGUGUACGGCGAGACGGUGUAUGACAACCGUGCUCCGGACGACACGACCAAGGUCAACUUGUACGACAAGUGCGAGGCGUUCUUUGCGGAGACGAAGAAGGCUUUUGUCGAAGGCAAGGGCAAGGCCUGGACGUGCGUUCCUGGUAUCGCGUUCCCGACGCGUAUCAACGACGACGGUGACGUCGAGUGCAUGUCGACGGACGGCAAGAACUGCCUAUCGACAGGCGAGGACUGCGAGGCCAUGAUCACUGCCACGGACGACGCCAGCUUGAACCCGUUGACGUGCGGCGCCGACCACGACGCCAAGUGGGGCUCUACGGGGUACCUUGACACGACCCACUGGUGCAACCUAGGCCGCCGUGAGCUCGGCAACCAAGGCGACAAGUGCUUUACGUACAGCGGGUACUCGAUCUUCUUCCUCGAGUCGGGCGAGACGCAAGACCUGACGCUUGAAGCGAUCACGGACGCCCCCGAGACGUGCCGCACUGCGUCGUGGCAGGAACCAAAGUCGUGCAGCUCGCAUUUGACGCAGUGGCAGAUGCACGUCGGCUGCUGCAAGAGCUACGCGACCGUCCUCCAGGAGCUCCAAGACACGUGGGCCGCCAAGUACGAGAGCCGGUACGAGACCGACUACCACUACCGCGGGUACAAGCCGACCAAGAACGCGCCGACAGACAAGCACUACCGCACGCUCCUGGAGGAAGACAACCUUAUGGAAGAAGGCGGGUACAGCAAGGCGCCGGCCAAGCCGACCGUGGUCUCGCCCAAGUACGACUGCAAGAACGCUGCUUAUGAAACCACGAUUUUGUCGCGCGCCGUCGAAGUGACCCAAGACAACUACUUUGGGCAGCUCACCGUGCGCACGGGCGAAGUCGAGACGACGACGACGAAUGACAUUGAGAACGUCAACAAGGCGCUCAACGAAGAGCUCGAGGAGUGGUUCCACCGCUGCACCAAGCUGCACGACGACUACGGCCACGAGGUCUCCAAGUGGUGCCUCUCGGUCCAUGAGUUCUGGUACCCCAAGUGCACGGCCACACCCACGGACACGUCGGUCACGUGCCCGAGUGCGAUCCAGGCCUGGUACGCGGCCCACCCCGACGCGAUGGCCCUCCCACAGCCAGCAACCACGUACGCCUCGGCGCAUGACGCGACGACACCUGUCUACGAAAACUACGACACUGUCUACUCCAACCACCGCCAGCACACGUGCUACAUGGCGGCGAGUCCGGCGUACGUCGACGUGUGCGACUCGCUCCACGUCAGCUGGGACAUUGCGACCGUCGUGCCGAUCGUGAGCACCAAGUGCUUUCCGCAGUCGUGCGUCCUCGCGCAGCUGUCGCAGUGCAUGGACAUCCCCGAGCCGACGUACAUGGCGAUCGGGUACGACUAUGUCGCCGAGCCGACGGACGGCUACAACGGGUACCGCCCGUCGAGCUACCAGCGCCCGUCCAGCUACGCCACGUACAACCAGUACUCGCGCGCCACCUUGGGCAUGGAAGGCCCGUCGCUGACGGUGCUUAUGGCUGUGGGCUUUGUCGCGGGUGUCGUCGUCGUUGCGGUCGCGCAGGUUGUGCUCAAGGCCCGCAACGCGCGCGACAAUGGUAAAGGGUAUCGCCUCGGCUAA